UCGCAAGUCAUUCCCUCAACAAGGACGAUGGACGAAUAUCCCAUCGUUGUAAAGGGGGACUGGGGGCCUGAACAUGCUAAAAGUGUAAAAAAUAAACUUCAGAUUCACUUUCAGAGUAAGAAGAAAUCUCAGGGAGGAGACUGCGUCGUGAAAUUUAACGACGAGAGCAACUCUGCCACGAUUCUGUUCAAAUCAUCUGACAUCCGGGAUGCAGUACUUUCUCAAGAAGAACAUGUCAUUACGAUCGAAACUCUGCGAAUUAAGUUGAAUGUUUAUAAACUCAGCGAUGGACAGGAACAAGCAGACAGUACUGCACAAAGUACGGACCAGGCAUGUGGAUAUCAGGAAACAACUCAAACUUCCCUUCAGACUGAGUUGGCAGAGAAGAAACUAGAAGAAUCAACUGCUGUAGUCCUGGAGAACCUUCCAGAUGAUUUUAAUGAAGAUGUAUUGACUCUUUUUGUGGAGAACAUCACCACUCUAACUAAGAAUGACUUUACCAUCGAAUUUAUACCAGAAUUAAGCAAAGCAGUCGUGACCUUUAAAAAUCCCAGUGCUGCAGAAAAGUUCCUUGAAGAGAGCGAGACACAUAAAAAGUUCAAGAAGAACAAUCUGAAGGCCCGUGCACUGGAGAGAAGCACAUGUGUGCGGGUGGAGAAUCUUCCAGCUGAGGUCAACAAAAACAAGAUACUGUUGGAACUGUAUUUUGAGAAACUGGGUGGUCCAGUAGAUGAGGUUAUCACAAUUGGAUCAGAACAAGCAGCCAUUAUUACAUUUAAGGAGGAAGAAGCCAAAGAGAGAGUUUUGAAGCAGGAGAAUAUAGUCUGUGAUGUUCCAGUCAAGAUAUAUCCUUACUUUAAAUCACUGGAUACAGUCUUGUAUGGUGGCAACAGGCCACAUUUUAAGCUGCCUGAACCCCUUACAGUCAGUGUACAUCCUGCCGUCAGGACGUUCCUCUUCAAGAAAGGGCAGAUUUCCUCUAUUGAAGAUAAAAUGAGUUCACACUUCUGCCAGAUAAACAUGGGCAAACCUGAUGUUUUGCUCAGUCCUGAUCCAGCAUUGCUGAAACAGAAAGGAGUCAGCAGAAGACACAUUGAUGGCUGGAGUAAGAAUGCUUUAGAGGCCUUCAAGAAAAUCAUCUCAGACUACACAACAUCUGAGUGGCCGGUGUCACACGCCUUGUGGUCUAAAGUGGAGACUGAUGUUAAAGCAGUGGUGAAAGAUCAGGUUUACACAGAUAUGGAUGUCUCAAAUGGGGUCCUAGUUCUGGCAGGAAUGAGCCAUGAGAUAAUUGGUCUGAAACCCAUCAUGGAGAAAAUUUUGGAAAGAGCAACAAAUCUACUGGAGAGAGAGAAGAACAGUGUGACCGAAAACAUAGAGAUGUCUCCUGCCAUGUACUCUCUGCUUGAACAAGAUGGCUUGAAAAGUGCUAGAGCUGUUUCCCCACACCUGCGCAUUGAGUACAAUCAAAAACUAAGCACUUUAGUUUUGUCAGGGAUUCAGACAGAAAUUCUUUUGUUCAAGAAUUGGUUCCUUGAAAAGAAAAUAAGUAUGAAAAUAAAACCAUUGAAGAUCAGCCACUCAGUCCUGGAUUUCCUGAAAUCAGUUGAUUGUGAUGAAAUGUCCACAGAUCUUUUUUUAUCUCAUAGAAUAUCUGCUGUCUACACUACUGACAAUGGAGAUGUUGUUGUGAUUGGGAGCACAGAACAAGCACAUGCUGAAGCAGAGAAGAGGCUGAAUACAGUGCUUACAUCCAAAACACUCCUUGUAGAAGAUCAGAGUGUUCUUCAAAUGCCAGAGUGGCAGGAUCUCAACAAACAACUACAAGAAUUGUUCAAUACAUCCAAAAAGAGAACUGUGUCUAUAAACGUUUCACAGAGAGACAAAGUGAUAGUGUCUGGAUUCAGAGAACCAGUGAUGGAGGUCAGUGAGAACUUAGAACAUUUCAUUGAGAAACACACUCAAAUUGAAGAAAUGGUUCGUGUUAAAUCGCAAGCAGCAGUUGAAUUCAUAGAAGACAGAAAAUUACAAGACUGGCAGCGUUUUAUGAAGUCUGGUGAGAUUAAAGUGAGUUUUGAUCCAAAAAGACCCCGGAUCAAACUGUCUGGACAGCGCAUGUUUGUUCAGCCAGCUGUGACUUUCUUCAAAAGGUUGGCAGAAUCUCUCCACACAGAUACACUGACCAUUAAAAAGGCAGGAGCAAAGAAGUACUUCAAGGAGCAGGGCAAAAUGAUGCUCUUAAUGCUGCUGAAGGACAAAAGAUUUGUGGUGGUGCUCCAGGAAGAUCACAUGCUGGAAGAGGAGAAGGAUGGAUUAAAUGAAGGUAAUUUUGGAGAUUUUGGCCAGGCCUCUUGUGAGGUUCGAAUGCCCGGUGGAGUAACAGUAACAGUCAGGAAAGCAGACAUUUGCACUCUCAGUGUUGAUGCUGUGGUCAAUGCUGCUAAUGAAGAUCUGAAGCAUACAGGUGGUGUAGCUUUUGCACUUCUCCAAUCUGCAGGAAGAUGUCUGCAGGAAUACUGUGACCUACACAUAAAGGUAAAUGGGCGUCUGAGUCCUGGAGAUGCUGUCAUCACUGAAGCUGGUCGUCUUCCAUGUAAAUAUGUGGUGCACGCUGUUGGGCCUCGAUUCAGAGGUUCAGACCAACGUACAGCUGUGCAACAAUGCCUGAGACGUGCUGUGAGAGAAAGUUUGAACCAGGCAUCACGCAAAAAAUGCACGUCCAUUGCAAUUCCAGUGAUCAGCUCAGGGAUAUUUGGUUGUCCUCUUGAUCUUUGCACUGAAUCAAUCGCCAAAGAGGUGCGGCAGUACAUUGAAAAUCAUAACUACAGUGGCUCCAGUUCCACACUGACUGAGAUUCAAUUGGUUGACAACAAUGACAAGAAUGUGAAUGCCAUGGCUCAAGCUGUCAGAAAUGAGUUUGCAGCUUAUAACCCCAAAAUGACUUUCCCUCAUCAAAGCAAACCCCAUGAGUAUAGUAACUAUGAGCAUGGACAUCGUGGAGGUGGUCGUGGUCAUGUCCGUGGUCAUGGCGAUGAAAACAGUACCAAACGAAAUCAACAAUUUGAAAGUCCUACACAUCGUGGCAGUAGAGACUCUGAAGAUCAAGCACACUCAUGGUCUGGUGGUAGAUCUGAUAAUUCUGAAGAGUUGACGUUUCUUGAGUCAAAAACUACAAAAGAGGGACUAAAAAUCAUUCUGAGCAAAGGGAACAUCCAGGAUGCAAGCGCUGACGUCAUCGUCAACACUAUAUCGGAUGACAUGGAUCUCAGUAAAGGUGCGGUCUCUAAAGCACUCCUUCAGUCUGCCGGUCAUCAGCUCCAGUCUGAAAUCAGCAGAGCUGCUCCCUCUAGCGGUCUGAGUUAUGGUGAUAUGGUCAUCACAGCUGGUUAUAAACUAAAAUGCUCCAAAGUCUUUCAUGUUGUUUGCCCAUUUUGGCAUGGUGGACAAAACUCACAAGAUAAGGUCCUCUGUCAGAUCAUUAGAGAUUGUCUGAGAAAAGCAGAAACCCAGGGAAUGACUUCAGUAGUUUUCCCAGCUAUUGGCACUGGGAAUCUUGGCUUUCCUAAAAAUCUGGUGGCCCAAAACAUGCUCACAGAAUUCCAGCAAUUUAACACUACAAACAUUCGAAAGGUUACUGUGGUUAUGCACCCUUCUGACAAGGAAAGUGUUCAGUGCUUUACCAGCAUCUUCAGACAUGGGAAUCAGAGUCCCAUCAUAAAGGGAGCACAUCGACAUGUCAUGCCCAAAAUAAAUAUUUUAAGCAAACCAGCUCAUACUUCUGGAAUUCUUGGCAAAGUCUCCUCUCCUUCUCUCGGGGUUCAUACUAUGCAGCUGGGUCAGGUGACUCUGGAGGUUUCAUCAGGAGACAUAACAAAAGAAAACACAGCUGCCAUUGUCAACUCCUCAGAUAAGACAUUUGCUCUUAAAGCAGGAGUAUCCAAGGCCAUUUUAGAUGCGGCUGGAGUACAAGUGGAACAAGAAUGUUCACAGAUUGUGGCAUCCUCCUACUCACAGCAAACGGAAAUUUUGACCUCAGCUGGGCGACUCCCAUGUGGAAACAUCAUUCAUAUUAUAGGACGCAAUAAUCCAUCGGAUAUUAAGGAUGUUGUUUUGUCAGUUUUGAAGAUAUGUGAAUCACAGCAGUUUACUUCCAUUGCCUUCCCUGCUCUUGGCACAGGUCAGGGUGGUGCAAAUCCAGCUGAUGUUGCAGACGCAAUGGUUGAUGCAGUUGUUGAAUUUGUGAAGAAGAAGAAACCAGUGCAUGUAAAGUUUGUGAAGUUCCUUAUAUUCCAGGCGAACAUGCUGUCACAUUUCCACCAAAGCAUGGUCAGAAGAUCUGGUGAGAAAGUAGAAGAGGAUAGAGGUCUGUUAACCAAACUUAAAGACUUUUUUUCAUGGGGAAGUUCAGAAUCUCCUACAAGCGAAGAGUUUGUGAUGGUGGGUGAAGAUAUUGAGCCGGCUGUGUUUCAGCUGUGUGGAGAGACACCACAGGACCUGAGUGAAGCCAGGGACAUGAUCAACAAUUUGAUCAUUCGGGAGCAUUUGACCAUCCCAAUCCAUGAUCCAGCCAUUGCUCACUUCACCAGGGAGGAUGUAGAAAUGCUGAACACCAUGCAGAAGGAGCUCACAGUCAGUGUCAAACUAGAGAAAAAAGGCCAAGACUCUGUCGUUACAAUGGAGGGUCUGACAAGAGAUGUUCACACUGCAGAAAGUCGUGUUCGGGACAUGAUCCGCAAGGUGGAAAGAAUUGAGAUCCGAAGACGUGAAGCAUUAAUGAUCAGAAGUGUAGUUAAAUGGCAGUAUCAGGAGUAUGGGCAGAGAUCCGAAAACUUUGACCUGUUGACCAAUUAUGACCUGGAACAAGCCUUUCAGAAUCAGCAGCCUUCAGUGAGAAUCAAGAUUAAUAAUGAUGAAUAUGAGGCUGAUUUAGUUAGCAAAGUGGCCAAUAGAAGAGGAAUAAGGAUUAAAUUGAAUAGAGUAGAUCUGGAAGAUGCAGCUCAGAGCUCUUUACCUUCACACUGGGAAGACAUGACAGGACAGUCAGUUGUUCUUGUAAAACUCAAAACAGACUCCAAGGAAUAUGCAGAAGUGGAGAAGAAGUUCACGAGCACUGGACUAUCUAACAUCAUUACAAUUCAAAGAGUCCAGAACAGCACACUUUGGAGAAACUACAUGAUCAAAAAGGAGGAACUGGAAGACAAAAAUCAGCACAAAAACAACGAAAGGCAUCUCUUCCACGGCACUGGCCCUGACACGACAGAUCAGAUCAACCAUCAUGGCUUCAAUCGCAGCUAUGCUGGGAUGCACGGCGCCAUGUUAGGGAAAGGAUCAUAUUUUGCUGUGGACCCGAGUUACUCAGCACGGGGCUACUCUAAACCGGAUGCCAAAGGACAUAAACGCAUGUACCUCGCCAAGGUGCUUGUUGGUGAUUUCACUCAGGGGAGUUCAGGUCUUCUUGUUCCCCCUGCAAAGAGCUCCAGUAGUGCUGAUCUCUAUAACAGUGUGACCAAUAACGUGAACAAUCCAACCAUGUUUGUGAUUUUUCAUGAUGUACAGGCUUACCCAGAAUACCUGAUCACCUUCCAGUAAUGAUUAUGAAUAAGUAAGUUUUCAUUCGAGGACAGGGAGAUACAGCAAAAUUCCUCUUAUUGAAAAAAAUAAAUACAAAAAGCAUGCCCUAUCUAAAACCACCAUCCCAUACACUAUGCCCUAUAGACAAAUUAUUUUAUGUUUUAUAAUAAAAUGAAUCAUGCAAAUGAUAUGAAGUUUUUCACAUAUGAAAAAUUUCGCACUGUUAAAAAAAGCCAUGAAAAUUGUUCAAUGAACAGCGCUUAUGUCAUUUUUUAACAAGAGGAGAACAGAAGGUAUGCUACUUCAUUUAUUUAGAGAUUAAACACAAUUUCGGGACAUAAGACUGAUUUAUAUGUCACUGAGGGAAAACAAUGCUUAGAAAGGGAGAGGGGAAAUGUCUUACGUUCAAAAAGCAUUAAGCAGUUGGCUUAGAAUGCCUCUGUGAUGAAAAGUUCUGAAAUAAAUACCUCUGUGGGUUUCUGUAUUUUAUAAUAUAUUGAAUAAUUAAGUAAUAUCAUACAAACAAGAGAAUUGUUUUCCUAAAUACUAGUUGUUAUUGUGAUAACAUACAGUAUAAACAAAGGUCCAUCUGAAAGCCAAGUUCCAAUACCCACACAUACUGUACAUUCUUGGCAACUUUAUUGCAAAUAUUGUCUCAGGUCUGAAAAGUGGCAAAUCUCAUGGGAUUGAAUCCCAUCCUUCAUCACAAUAUACAGAACUCACCUCAAAAUUCAGAAAUUUUUUAGGAAAACCGUGCAGGUAUUUUAUUAGAUAUUACAUAUAAUUUGAGGAAAAAGUGAAUUUAACAUUCUGAGAUAGGCCAUUAUGAUUAUGUACUGGUACUUAUUAUGCAGUAUUGGAACUGGCCAAGUCACUUUGUUUCUAAAUGAACGAAUUGCAGUGAAUUAAUGAAUGGAUGAAAGAGAUUUGUCACCACCAGUAGGGGAGUUUUAGUGUCAUAUGUAUCUAUAUUUUAUAAAAAGACUAGCACAAGACUAGCACAAAAAUACCACCAAAAUAUACUACCAACAACUUCUUCCAACCAGGGUUUUCCUUUUAUCCUGCCAACUGAAUAAAGUCCUGAUUUUUUAACGGGUUUUUAACGGGUUUUUUUUACAUUGACAAUUCUGUUUUUACUGUAGGUAUGUAAUGCAACAGAAGACCAUAUUGGCUAAAAUUAUUUAGGGUUAUAUGUUGCGAAACUUUUGAUUAAGAUACGGUGUGGUUUGCAAAUAAAGCUUCUUUGAAAAAUGUCA